AAUGGGAGGACGAAGGGGAGGGGAAAGGACAGGGGAGGGGAGGGAAAAUAGUGGGCCAGGCAGCAAGAUGGCGGCGGUAGCGGAGGUGUGAGUGGACUCGGGUCUCAGCGGCCGCAUUUUCUCUUCCCUUCUUCUCCCUUUUCCUUCAUUAUUUGAAAUUGGCAUCGAGGGGGCUAAGUUCAGGUGGCAGCACCGGGCGCAACGCAGGGGUCCCGGAGACGGCGGCGGCGGCCGACGGCUGGAAGGGUAGGCUUCCUUCAUCGCUCGUCCUCCUUCCCCGCUCCGCUCGGUGUCAGGCGCGGCGGCGGCGCGGCGAGCGGACUUCGUCCCUCCUCCUGCUCCCCCCACACCGGAGCUGGCACUGUUCGCUUCGCCAUUCCCCGACCCUUCACCCCGAGGACUGGGCGCCUCCUCCGGCGCAGUUGAGGGAGCGGGGGCCGGUCUCCUGCUCGGCUGUCGCGCCUCCAUGUCGGAUAAUCAGAGCUGGAACUCGUCGGGCUCGGAGGAGGAUCCAGAGACGGAGUCUGGGCCGCCUGUGGAGCGCUGCGGGGUCCUCAGUAAGUGGACAAACUACAUUCAUGGGUGGCAGGAUCGUUGGGUAGUUUUGAAAAAUAAUGCUCUGAGUUACUACAAAUCUGAAGACGAAACAGAGUAUGGCUGCAGGGGAUCCAUCUGUCUCAGCAAGGCUGUCAUCACACCUCAUGAUUUUGAUGAAUGUCGAUUUGAUAUUAGUGUAAAUGAUAGUGUUUGGUAUCUUCGUGCUCAGGAUCCAGAUCAUAGACAGCAAUGGAUAGAUGCCAUUGAACAGCACAAGACUGAAUCUGGAUAUGGAUCUGAAUCCAGCUUGCGUCGACAUGGCUCAAUGGUGUCCCUGGUGUCUGGAGCAAGUGGCUACUCUGCAACAUCCACCUCUUCAUUCAAGAAAGGCCACAGUUUACGUGAGAAGUUGGCUGAAAUGGAAACAUUUAGAGACAUCUUAUGUAGACAAGUUGACACGCUACAGAAGUACUUUGAUGCCUGUGCUGAUGCUGUCUCUAAGGAUGAACUUCAAAGGGAUAAAGUGGUAGAAGAUGAUGAAGAUGACUUUCCUACAACGCGUUCUGAUGGCGACUUCUUGCAUAAUACCAACGGCAAUAAAGAAAAGUUAUUUCCACAUGUGACACCAAAAGGAAUUAAUGGUAUAGACUUUAAAGGGGAAGCGAUAACUUUUAAAGCAACUACUGCCGGAAUCCUUGCAACACUUUCUCAUUGUAUUGAACUAAUGGUUAAACGUGAGGACAGCUGGCAGAAGAGACUGGAUAAGGAAACUGAGAAGAAAAGAAGAACAGAGGAAGCAUAUAAAAAUGCAAUGACAGAACUUAAGAAAAAAUCCCACUUUGGAGGACCAGAUUAUGAAGAAGGCCCUAACAGUCUGAUUAAUGAAGAAGAGUUCUUUGAUGCUGUUGAAGCUGCUCUUGACAGACAAGAUAAAAUAGAAGAACAGUCACAGAGUGAAAAGGUGAGAUUACAUUGGCCUACAUCCUUGCCAUCUGGAGAUGCCUUUUCUUCUGUGGGGACACAUAGAUUUGUCCAAAAGCCCUAUAGUCGCUCUUCCUCCAUGUCUUCCAUUGAUCUAGUCAGUGCCUCUGAUGAUGUUCACAGAUUCAGCUCCCAGGUUGAAGAGAUGGUGCAGAACCACAUGACUUAUUCAUUACAGGAUGUAGGCGGAGAUGCCAAUUGGCAGUUGGUUGUAGAAGAAGGAGAAAUGAAGGUAUACAGAAGAGAAGUAGAAGAAAAUGGGAUUGUUCUGGAUCCUUUAAAAGCUACCCAUGCAGUUAAAGGCGUCACAGGACAUGAGGUCUGCAAUUAUUUCUGGAAUGUUGACGUUCGCAAUGACUGGGAAACAACUAUUGAAAACUUUCAUGUGGUGGAAACAUUAGCUGAUAAUGCAAUCAUCAUUUAUCAAACACACAAGAGGGUGUGGCCUGCUUCUCAGCGAGACGUAUUAUAUCUUUCUGCCAUUCGAAAGAUAUCAGCCUUGACUGAAAAUGACCCUGAAACUUGGAUAGUUUGUAAUUUUUCUGUGGAUCAUGACAGUGCUCCUCUAAACAACCGAUGUGUCCGUGCCAAAAUAAAUGUUGCUAUGAUUUGUCAAACCUUGGUAAGCCCACCAGAGGGAAACCAGGAAAUUAGCAGGGACAACAUUCUAUGCAAGAUUACAUAUGUAGCUAAUGUGAACCCUGGAGGAUGGGCACCAGCCUCAGUGUUAAGGGCAGUGGCAAAGCGAGAGUAUCCUAAAUUUCUAAAACGUUUUACUUCUUACGUCCAAGAAAAAACUGCAGGAAAGCCUAUUUUGUUCUAGUAUUAACAGUGACUGAAGCAAGGCUGUGUGACAUUCCAUGUUGGAGAAAAAAAGAAAAAAAAAAAGCUGAAUGCUCUAAGCUGGAACGUAGGAUCUAUAGCCUUGUCUGUGGCCCAAGACCUUGGCCUUGUGUACAAAAAUGACAAAAUACUGCAAUAGCAAAGCUGAACAUCUAACACUAGCUAUCUCCUGCUAGAUCUCCUUGCUCAGCAUAUAACUAUAAAUACAUGUAAAAUUACAUGUAUAUGGCUAUAUUUUUAUUUGCUUGCUCCUAGAAGAGAAAAAAAAAUCAACUUUGAAUCACAACUAGGAAUUGAUGCUUUAAUUUUUGGAUACUUUUCCAGAAUUUUUAAUUUACUAUGGUCCGGCCUAAGAUCCUCUGUUGUAUCAGGUUUUGUGCACAAAAGAAAAGCACAAAAGUUGAACGCACAUGGGGCAUGUGCUUUCUGUGCAGCAAAUAUCUGGAUGAGGUUCUUUUUUCAGGCCUACAGUCAAAUCUGUGUCCAGAAUUUUUUGACUUUUUUGCUUUGUAUAAUCAUAGAAUUCGUUGCUGCUGAUUUCUAUAAUGAUUCAUGUUGUCGUGUGUCUCUUAAUAACUGAGGGCUGUCAAUAACCUGUGAUUUUGCCUUUUCUAUAGUCUUACUCCCAUGAAGAACCUUGGUUCUGAUGGAGAAAGUGAAAAGCUUUAUUUCUUCCCCCAGAUAUCUUUAUAUUUCUAUUAUAUUUUUUAGUUGUGUACUGUGUGCUAGAUAUUUUUUUCAGUUUAUUACAAACACAAUUUGGUAAGCCCUAAAUUGGUUCUGCCUGUCUCCAAACAGAAAUAUCCGUACAAAUCUUGUUGGUAUAGACUACUUUCUGGAAAAUGGUCAAGAUAAGUUCAUGUUUUCUUUAAAUUUCUAAGAUAGUAUAUGGUAUAACUUGUUUAAAGCAAAUCAGACUGAGUUUGACAUUUAAUUCAAUAUUUCUGGUAUUCAGUAACGGGUAUAUAUGUUUGUUCUUCCAGUUUGGGUCAGUUUAAAAGAUAGGUUGCAAAGUAUACAUGGAAAAUGUGAGCAGUGCCUCUCUGCCUCUUGAUCAGAAACUUCAGCAGAGCAGUAAAGAUUCCACAUGAUUCAAACUGAAAUGAGUUUCUUUGUUGCUAUAUGAACUUAAAAUGUAAAAUACCUUUUUCAGUUUAAGUCCUGUGAACAACAUUGAAGCAUGGAGAUGAGGCAAGGAAUAGUACUCACUGAAGUUGAAAUGACUGCCCACUUCAAAAUCUUCAUUGUGUUUACACACCAGUGUAUUUAUACAAAUCAGAGGCAUUUUGUAGAUGCUUUGCUGACUUGUUCAGCUCUGUAAAAACACAGAAAUUGGACCCAUUUUGUAAAGCAGAAAGUUAUGUCACAUGGAACAUUUCCUGUAUAUAUCACAUACAUGGUAAUGGAGUCUUAAUGAUAAGUGCAAGAUAAUAAUUUAAUGAUGGGAUUAGUCUGAUCGCUUAAUAUGCACAAUCCUGGAAGUGAAUUACUUGCAUCAGAUAUAGUGAUAUUUAUUAUUCUGUACAGAGAGAAAAAUACAUAUAAAACAUAUGCUUACAUUACAUGCACGCAGAUUUCACGCUCCAUAAUCUUUUCUAUUUUUUAAUUUACCUAUCUGUAAAUGAUGUGCAUGGAAUAUGCCUUAUAGAAAAAUGCUGUUCAUAAUUUGACUACGUGGAAAAGUGCCUAUAUGGUGGUAAUGCUAGUAAGGCAAAUAAGACAAAUUAUCAUGUUGGUUUACUACAUCACCAGUUAACAUUUUAUAUUGUGAUGUUUAAAAAAGAAAAGUUUAUACCUCAAA